CAAAAGGCGAAGAGGCAGAACAGCAACAAACAAAAUCAAAACGAAUACAAGUAAAAGAAAAAUAAAUAAUAGGAAAAAAGAAGCAACGUGAAGCACGUGUGUGUCCUGCUCUAGCAACAACAGUUACACAAAAAACAUAUAUCCAUAUAUAUACACACAGAAUAUAAAAGAUGUCUUCGGUACCGCUGGCCAUCAAAACGGAGGAAGUCAUUUUGGAAAACGCCGAAUACAACAGCGCCGAGGAAUUGGAUGAAGAAUUACAAUUACAACUGGAAGAUUCAGGCGGGGAGAAUACCUAUCACAUUGAAUACACCACCGAGCCGGCGCAUCAGGUUACGACCAGCUCGCAGCGACGCCAAUCGAAUAUGAGCGCAUCGAAUACCACAAAAGAUGGCGGAGGUGGCGAUGGGGGCAGUUCGCCCAGCGGUAAACCUAUAUUGGAUACCGAGAAACGAAUACGGCGGGAAAUAGCCAACAGCAACGAGCGAAGACGCAUGCAGAGCAUCAAUGCCGGUUUUCAGAGUUUACGUUCGCUGCUGCCGCGACACGAGGGCGAAAAGUUGAGCAAGGCUGCCAUAUUGCAACAGACCUUCCAGUAUAUUGUCGAUCUGGAGAAUCAGAAAACUCAGCUGCUCACACAGAACAGUGAGCUAAAGCGACAAGUGGGCGAGCAUGAGGCACAUGGAGGUAGUGGAGGAGGCGGCUCCACUGGCGACAACUACAACAGCGGCGGCAAUGUUAACGAAUCGAGCAACAACAACACAAGUUCUUCGAGCGCCGUGGCGAUUAAGAAGCGGAAGCUGACAGACAACGUGAUCAACAUGCAAACGAUUAGCGAUAGCUCCGAUGAGGGAUUAGGAUCCAUGUCCCCGGAGCCAAUGACCCUGCUGACAGCCGGCGGUGGYGUGGCUGGAGCAGCAGCAGCAGCUGGCAAUAAGUUGAGCAAUGCGAGCAUCAUUGCGGCCAAGGAGCUGCUCGAAAUGAAGAAGCAGCUGGAGAAGGAGCGCAGCCUGCGACGCCUGCUGGAGGAUGAGCUGCAGAUGAUCAAGCGACAGCUCUACAGUGUGGCAACAGCACCGCCCGGUACAGCUGUGGCCGCGGCCGUCGCCAACAGCGGGAGCAGCUCCUACAUUCCAAGGGAAGUCAUCGAGCACACGGACAACUUUGUGCGCGCCGAUGAGCUGGAGGAGCUGGGCGGCACCGUUUCGUACGUGGAGAUCGACGAGAUGACUGGCCAGCAGCAGGUGGUCGUCUGCUCCAGCAUUGAGGAGCUGGAAGGAGAUGCGGCAGCCGAGAUCAUUAGCGAGGAUCAGGUGCACGAAGAGGUGAUACUCUCCUCCAACUCCUCGACCGAAUCGGAGAAUGAGGUGAACGUGAAUGCCAUUGCCAAAGCCUAUGCCGAGGGCAUGAGCACUCCCAUUCUCCAGGCGGCCAUCAAGGCGACGCCCAAGGUGGAGGUGGAGCGCAUCAACGAGAAGAUCGUCAAGGUCAAAACGGAGAAGUUGCACGAUCAACCUUCGGCCACCGCGAUGUCCACGACAACGACGACGACGGCAGUCUUCACACGCUCCCGCCAGAAUCUGGAGACCAUUGUGGAGGCCAUACGGCAUCUGGAGGGGGAUCAUCUCUUUGACGGCGACCAGCAGCACAAGCUACAACAGCAGUAUCAACAGCAGCAGCAGCAAACCCAACAGCAACAUCAGCAACACCAGCAGCAACAGCAUCAGCAGCAGCAGCAACAUCAUACGCAGCAGCAACAUCAUCAGCAGGAUGUACUGCAUUCGCAUCAUCAGAUCAUUAGCACAGCCGCUGGAUAUCGUUUGGCGCAGGAUGCGCCGUUGGCUCUGACCACGGGCAAACAGCACGCGGCGCUGGCCGAGCUGCGACCCUUUCUGCAGCUGAAGGGCAACAAGCAGGUGAUCAUCACAACAAAGUCGGCCAAAGAUGUUGUGGGCACACCCUCGGGCACCAUCUUCAAGGUGCAGACCAGCAGCGGGACAGCAACGGCGUCUGCAACAGGAUCCACAUCAGCAGCGGGCGGAUCAGCGAGCCAUCAUCAUCAGCCGGUGACCAUUACAACAUCAUUGAAGCAAUGUCGUCCAGGUGUCAUUGUGGCCAAGCAGCUGCCGUCGUCCUGAUUGCCUAGCAGCAACACUUGCAACAUCAGCAGCAACAUCAGCAGCAACAGCAAUAGCAACAUUAACAGUAACAAUGUUCCUCUACACAUUGAAGCGUCAGCAAAAGCUCCCGCUAGUAUUAAAAGCCUGCGCAAUAGCAUAACAGUAACAGCAGCUCCAACAGCAACAAAGACCGCAGCAACUGUAAAGCUUGUAAUGCCUAAGCGACGCAAUUAUGUUAAGCCACAACAGCCGCAUGUGCAACAACAGUAUUGCCUUAACAAAGCUGUCAAGCGUCAAUGAAUUUAACAGCUGUUGAGCUAACAGAGUUCAAAUGUAUAGUUAUAGCUGUUAAACUGCUGCCAAUAUAGAUCUAGCAGCGUUAAGCUGCUGCUGCUGUUGUAUAUAGCUGUUAAGAUGCUGCUAAUAGUAAACAAUUUAAGCUGCUACUAAUUGUAAACUAGCUGUUAAGCUCAUACAGUUCAUGCUGUUAAGUGACUGUUGCUAACAUAACAGCUAGCUGUUGACACAGUUGCUACUGUUAAGCUGUAGCUUAACAAACUUUAGGCUGCUGUAAAACUAAAAAAAAAAAAAAAA